AAAAAUAAGCGAAGCUGCGGUCCGGCCGGCGGCGUCGGGCGGCUAGCGUCCAUCGGCCUGCGCGCACGGCACCAAAGGCGUCCAAUUGUCUGCCGCCGCCCAGAAGGUUCCGGCUCACGCCCGCGCCGCCACCGCCACCCGUAUAUAAAGGCGAGGGCGGCGCCGCCGCGGUAGCUUAGCUAUCAGCCGCCGGCAGACACCCAGACACCCACCAUGAGUGCCGCGCCCUCGGGAACGAAACCGUCAGAUGGACCGUCGUACGAGGUGCUACGAAACGAGAAGGUGGGGAGGUACGCCGUGGCGACGCGCGACCUGGAGCCGGGCGCCGAGGUGCUGACGGAGCUGCCGGUGGCGGUGGGGCCCAAGGUGGACAGCGCGCUGUGCUGCCUGGGCUGCUACGCCUACAACGACGGCUCGACGCUGUGCUCGCGCUGCGGCUGGCCCGUGUGCGGGCCGGACUGCGAGGCGGCGGCCGCCCACGCGCAGGCAGAGUGCGGCGAGUUCCGGCGCGCCGGCGUGCGCCUCGCGCCCGUCGACGACCCGGCCGACACCUGCCCGCAGCUGGAGUGCGUCCUGCCGCUGCGCGCGCUGCUCGCCAAGGAGCGCGACCCGGCGCGCUGGCAGCGCGAGGUGGCGCCCAUGGAGGCGCACAACCAGCGCCGCCGCGACGCGCCCGGCUGGCACUCCAACCAGGUCAACGUCGUCUCCUUCCUGCGGGACCGCUGCGGGCUCGCCGACAGGUUCGACGAGGAGCUGGUGCACACGGUGUGCGGCAUCCUGGAGGUGAACUGCUUCGAGGUGCGCUGCGAGAACGGCGCCCUGGUGCGCGGUCUCUACCCGCAGACGGCCAUCCUGUCCCACAACUGCAUCGCCAACACCGGACACACCAUCGCCACGCGCUCCGAGACUGGCGAGCAGCACAGGCUGAAGCUGCACGUGACGGUGCGCGUGCCGGCGGGCGGCGAGCUGUUCACGUCGUACACGCACUCCCUGGACCCCACGAUGGUGCGGCGAGAGAUGCUGUCGCGCGGCAAGUUCUUCGAGUGCUGCUGCGAGCGCUGCAAGGACCCCACCGAGCUGGGCACCCACCUCAGCUCGCUCAAGUGCAGCAAGUGCGACAACGGCGUGCUGCUCUCCGCCGACCCUCUCGAGCCGAGCGCGCAGUGGCGCUGCACGCGCUGCGAGUUCUGCACGCGAGGCGAGGCGGUGCGGCGCGUGCUGCAGCUGAUCUCGAACGAGCUGCAGAUGGUGGAGGCGGGCGACAGCGUGGAGGCGCGCGAGACGCUGUUCCGCAAGUACCGCAGCGUGCUGCACCCGCGCCACGCCUACAUGACGCAGAUGCGCCACUCGCUGUGCCAGCUGUACGGCCGCGUCGACGACUACCUGCUGGACGACCUGCCCGACGUGCUGCUCGAGCGCAAGGUCGACCUCUGCCGCGACCUGCUCGCCGUCGCCGACGUCGUCGAGCCGGGCCUCUCGCGCCUCAGAGGCGUGGUGCUGUACGAGCUGCACGCGCCGCUGAUGUACCUGGCGCGGCACAAGGAGGAGUUCGGCGAGAUCGACUCUAAGGAGAUGUGCCGGCGCAUGGAGGAGGCGGCAGCGUGCCUGUCGGAGGCGGCGGCCAUCCUGGCCCUGGAGGACGCGUCCACCAACGAGGCGGCCAUGGGCCGCGCCGCGGCCGCCGGCCUGCUGCAGCUGCGCGCCUCGCUCGACCACAUGCGCCAGCAGCACGCGCAGCGCCAGUAGCCCAGCUCCUGUCCCCCAGCACUGCGGCUCUGCGUCUACUGGCGCUAAGUGACUGAACCACGAUAAGAAAUGGGAUUUUCACUGGUUUUAGCGAGGACACUACAAUUGUUCUGUGCACUUCCUACACACCGAACGCCUUAUGUUUGUUGUAAUACUCCCUACCAGUGGCCUUGAUGGCAGCGGUGAAUCGCAGUUUACCUCUGACAGUCUCUUCUUCGGAACUAUUCCCACCUAUACCAGUUCCUCGCAUUAUGCCACAUGUGUUCCUAGAAUUAGAUUCCCUUUACUUCUGUGGUUGGAUGUUUCUCUCGUCGUCGUGAAAAACCGUCAUCAACCCGAAGGUUAGACUGAGUCGAAAGUGCUUUACUAGGCAUAGUCCUGACUUCGCAACUUUCGAACUUAAUUACCCAGCCAGUUACAGGGGGGAUUUACACAUUGACGAGGCCCAGAACCACAGUGCAGCUUCCCAUUUCUGACGUCAACUAAUGAUCGUCAGAAAUGGGAAAAACGAUAAGUCCUACAACCUAUUGGCGAUCUGUAGUACGGCUAUUACUCAUUUAGCGAGCUACCUUGCUCCAUAACGUAGCGUAAACCUGAAAUAAAAAAUAAGUCAUUUAGACCACUGUUUGAGUUUGCUGUAACAUUUUUUUCUGCGUCUCCGUGCUGUGGUUCUGAGGUAGCCAGCCUAGUAUUUGCCUAGGCGUGAGCAAAAAUAAGAAAGGAUACUCGGAGCGAUCAUUACACCGAACUAACGGUGUUCAUCGGCUCUCCGUUUGUUUUUACGUCUGCCUCAUUUCCCUACUUCACAACAUUGCGCGCUAUUCAUUAUCUUGAGUUAAUACGUCUCAGUAUUGCCGAACGGGUAUAUCAUGUAAAUAGUGUCUUCCACCACGCCUAAGACAGGACAUUUGGUCGCUCUCCGAAUAGCGUCAAAUCGUGCUUCCUACUAGAUUUCGGCUAUUUUGCAAAACCAAGUCGUGAGGACUCCAGACAUGUGAUUAGCAAAAACGGCAACUCGGUCCACCAUAUGCAACUAUACUACGCGAGCCAACUUACGACGUGUGGCGGAUGGUACAGCUGCUACUACCAUAACUUCCCACAUAUCCUGUUCCAUUCACAAAAGGUGCAUGGGUACGUCGACCUUCGGUGCAUGAGCUUUAAUUUCCGUUUUUCUUCGACGUGGUCGUUCUGCGAGAUGUGUAUGGGAGGGGGCAAAAUGAUGCGUGACUGUUCUUGGAUCGUGUGCUCUCGGAAUUUCUCCGUGACGCACAGUGCUUCUCUUGUGGCGUCUGCCACCGGAAAGGCUCUCGCGUUUUCUCAAUGAACCCGUGGCGGAGCGCGCCACUCUUCUUUGGAUCUUCUCUAUUACUCCUACGUCAUAACAGUCGCUGAAUUAUGUACAAUGUUCAAGAAUCUUCAGAAAGAGUUUGUAAUCAAACGGUUAUGUACCUCUCCACAAGUGCGAUACAUUACUCUCAAGGUCAACUAUCAAGCGAUGCACCAAUCAUCGAUCUGCUUACGGCCUUUCUGCAAUUCGCUACUCUCAUCUGGCGUUACAACCUUCCCACUGUCAACAGCAUCGUCAGCAAACUGCCUUACGGCGCUUUCAGCACCAUACAUUAAAUUGAUACGUAUAUAACGUACCAUCUGUUUACCCCCUCUAAGAUACUUAACAGCUACCGGUUUCGUCCCUGAACGAAUCUCGCGUUGCAGGUGGAGCAUGUAGCCAUUAGCCGAUCGAUGAACGGACCGUGUAGAAUUAUGUGCUACUGAUUGUAUUCAUGAAAAACGAUAAAUAAUUACACUUAAAUGCAUAUCGCGCUGUGUGUUCCUAAAGCCAGCGCGAUGGUGAGGACUAUGUGUCGACGCAUAAUCUUCCCAUCAAGAAUGGACGCUACGAAAUAUUUCAAAGAAGGCAGCUCAUAUACGGAUCCACCGUUCAUCCUCCAACAGAUUUCUCAUAUUGAUUAAAAUCUGUUGGUGAAUGUCAGUGAAGUACUUUUGUUUACUUACGGAGUCUGACACGACCGUAUUUCAUCAGUCACACUUGCGCCAGCGAUUUAAACUAUUCUGAUUGACUCAUAACGUCGUAUUAUAGAUAACCGAGAUGCAACGAAGAACAAGUUUUAAGAAAUUAUUAAUCUAUAGUUUAGUCGAUAGUGUAAGAAACUGGAUGAGUCUAGCCCGAACACAAACGAACGUUGGGCGCAGGUGCUGAAUGAUCGCCGCAGGUAAAUGUUUAAGGGUUUCAAGGGUAUAAAUUGAUAAAAUUCUUCCCGAAAUUACAGGCGCACCCAUACAGUGACGAAACACUGAGGAACAAUCUUAUAGCUAUCUCCAUCACCUUCCUUGUGCUUUCUGAGCUUUUGCUCCAUUCCCCAUUAGCUCCUCCUCCCUUCUUCGUUGGCUCCUUGCAAUGAAGAGAAGACAGAUACUCACCACCGAAUUUCUAGCAACGUAUACAACAUCAAGGUUAUGAAGCAUACACAUGUACUAGUUGUCAUAGGCAGAGAUAACGAGUGCCAACUGAGGUUUUACUGCAAUAUUUUUUCCACCAUCUGCACUAGGCGUCAAGACUUCACAGAUAUGUUACGACAUUUUGUCGAGCGUACUUGGCUGCAGUCCAGAUAAAGGCAAGCUCUUCUUUAAUACUGCAGUUUUAUAUUUACGUCUUAUGGUAGCCCGACGAGACAUUUUAUAGCAGCACAUCCCUUUGUAGUGGCGCCAAAUCGACAAAAUGCACUGUCUGAUGUCUAGUAUCGUGCAGAAACGAUGUCACAAGAGACUUUCAUGUUCACUAAUUUAAAGCUCAGCUUGCCUCACAGUAGACAAAGUGCGCCUGCCGAUGCUUGUCUCGGAAUUUCGACUGCCUCUGAGCGCCGAAUACCUCUGAGCGCAAUGCAGAUCUCGCACAGCGAGACAAUAAACAUGUCAGGAGUGGGUCAUUCAGCUAAGACUGGUGUCGCAGUUUGAAACACUCUUUUAAAAGCAUUCAGACUUCUUUCGAAAAGAACUCUGAUACUGGGAUAAUCAUUACUGCAUUCGCCUUUAAGUAAUGCUGUCGACGGCACAGUCAGUCAGUCCUCUAUGAUAAGUUUAGUUAAGAUUGCUCUCAGUUGAGAAAUAUUCGAUGUUCAGUGUAAGCCCACAGUAAGAACUGAGUGUAGCUCCUUACAUUAUUGACUCGAAAUAAUUAUCGUCAACUUCCUGCAACUCUGUAGUUCUCAGUUCGAAUCCGUUAAUUUUACACGGUAACAGAAAAUAUCUCAGACACAUUCACGGCUAUUAACAGAUGACGGUAUUAGAAAACUAUGAAUGCCUUUUCAUUGUGGAACUUCGUGCAGUCUUCCUCGCUAGCCACUCUAAGCAUAAUGUGAUGACUAAAAAAGACAAGUAGCUUCUAGCACUAAGACAAAGAACGCUAUGAUGUAACUGUAAUUAGAUUGUUGUUUCGAGUAUUCCUCGAAUUGUUCACACGUUUUCUAAUUUUCAUUUGUAACAAGUGGUUUCACAUUUAUUUUACUUUUUUAUUUUAUAUUAAUUAUUUUCAUUACUUAUUUAUUUCCAGCUGUUAAAUAAAUAGUUUCAAAAUU